AACUGUGAAGUUCAUCACCGGAGCAAUCUUCCUCUAUUUUUGCUCACUUGACUAAUAAUAAUUGAGAUGGCAAACAAUCAUAGUUUUGUGAGAAUUCUGGGAGUGUUAUUGGUAUUAGCCAUGUACAAUCAUCCCAUCAUCGUCUACGCCGGGGAGGGUGUUCCCAACGUAGCGUUGUUCACUUUCGGAGACUCUUACUACGACGCCGGAAACAAAGUGUUUCUCAGCGAGGAAAAAAACCCUGCCCAAACCUUUUGGCCUUACGGCAAAUCCCGUGACGACCCUAAUGGCAAGUUUUCCGAUGGUCACAUCAUCCCCGACUUUAUCGCUGAUUUCAUGUCUAUUCCGCACGGAGUCCCACCGGCGCUUAAACCGGAUGCUAAUGUUACACGUGGAGUUAGUUUUGCUGUCGCCGAUGCUUCUAUUCUUGGGAGUCCGGCGGAAUCUAUGACACUGAGUCAACAAGUGGCUACAUUCGAAACUAUGAAAUCAAAUUGGACCAGUGAUUACAUCAAAAAGUCAUUGUUUAUGAUAUACAUUGGCACGGAAGAUUACUUGAACUACGUCCAGAAACAUCCCGGUGCAGACGCUACUAAGCAGCAAGCUUUUGUCACUUCCGUCACUAGCCAAUUAAAGACUGACAUUAAAUCUUUAGCCAAUUUGGGAGCGAGAAAAUUUGUGGUUCAAUUGCUAGCACCUUUGGGCUGCUUACCGAUCGCGAGGCAAGACUACAAGACCGGCAACGAUUGUUACGAGCUACUCAACGAUUUGGCCAAACAACACAACGAAAAGAUCGGUCCAAUGCUAAACGAUUUUGCUAAAUCCACCGACAUUGACGGUUUUCAGUUCUCUGUCUUCGACUUCUACGACGCUAUUAUUCGUAGAAUAGAGAGACACCUCAACUUCCGAUUCUACGUAUCAGACAGAUCGUGUUGCGGUGUUGGGACACAUAAUGCCUACGGUUGUGGAAAAGCAAACGUGCACUCAAAGCUAUGUGACUACCAGCGAUCUUACCUCUUCUUCGAUGGACGUCACAACUCAGAGAAAGCGCAGGAAGAAUUCGCUAAUCUUCUCUACGCAGCCAACCUUAACGUGAUCCAACCUUUGAACGUACGUGAGCUCAUUGUCUACCCAUCCGGAGAGAGGAUGCGUGAGUUUUGGGAACCUACCAAGAUUUCGAUUCGUCGUCGCCCACCUCAGGACGACUCCUACACCGGUUUCUCUACCUAUUAGUCAAAUGCAUCACUUUGAGAAGAAUCUUAAGUUACAUAUACACGAGCUACUAUCGUGUAAAGUAUCGAUAUCGUUACGUCCUACUUCUACUUAUGCCGCCGAAUAAAAAUUGCUUUCAAAUGUCUACAAACGUAUUAUCAUGUUUCGUAAUGUAAUCUAUGGAAAUUAAAAUAAUGAAAUAUUGCAGUCUCUGGUGCUACAUAUUAAAA